UCAAACAAGUCUGAUAGUCUCAAAGAGAAGAAUGAGCUUUCAUCAUCUGUUCUUCAAGAGAGUUCAGAAGUGUCCAAAGAGUCGAGAGAGCCGAUUUACAAAUUUGAAGGAGAAGAAAAUUCAGAAAGUUCAAACACGACGUCGCAGGAUUAA